UUUGGCUAAAUCCAUAUUUCCAAUUUCAUCAAGUACCACCCCCUCCUUCACGUCACAACUUGUGAAAAUGCCUAGACCCCAAGUGAUGCACAAACUUCACCCCUCAAUUGACUCAUGGAGGACACAUUUCAAUAUUAUUCAUAUUAAUAUUCUCUAGAAAUUAAUCUCACAUCACAAAAUAUCUCCAAAAAAAUGGAGAAAAAUCACUUUCCUUUGAUUUCGGCGAGAAGGGUAACAUCCAGAAAGAAAUAAUAUUAAUAUUAAUAUUAAUAUAUGGCUGUAUUGUAGAACCGACCUUGAAAUUAUGGCUUCUCUCCUGCGUUGUGGUUGUUGUUGUCGUUAUUGCUGAACUCACUGUAACUGCUUGUUCAGGGAGUCUCGGUGAGUGCUCUGAUCGUUCACAAGUGUGCACAUUGGAUCAAUUUUGAUGCGCAUUCUCUUCUGGAAAUUAGGAGUUUUUCAAUGACGAAAGAUACUUCUGAUGCCGAUUCCCAACACAAACGUCUUGGUCUUUUAAAAGAUCAAGUUCACUUGGUUAAAAGGAAAGACUCCGAUCGCUAUGAAAUUGCUCCAAUCCAAGACCAACUAUCAUUUGAGAAGGGUUUCUUUAUCGUAAUUCGUGCAUGCCAAUUGUUAGCCCAAAAGAAUGAUGGAAUAAUAUUGGUAGGGGUGGCAGGCCCUUCAGGGGCAGGGAAGACUGUAUUUACUGAAAAGAUACUCACCUUCAUGCCCAGCAUUGCAGUCAUUUCAAUGGAUAAUUACAAUGAUUCAAGUCGAAUUGUUGAUGGAAAUUUUGAUGAUCCACGCUUAACAGACUAUGACACUUUGCUCCAGAAUCUACAUGAUUUAAAGGAAGGAAAGCCAGUUCAAGUUCCCAUAUAUGAUUUCAAGUCCAGUUCACGUACAGGAUACAGGACAGUAGAAGCCCCAAGUUCUCGUAUUGUAAUUAUAGAGGGCAUCUAUGCAUUGAGUGAGAAGUUGCGACCUCUACUGGACCUUCGAGUCUCUGUUACAGGGGGAGUUCACCUUGACCUUGUAAAACGAGUAAUACGUGAUAUACAACGUGCUGGUCAAGAACCUGAAGAAAUUAUUCAUCAAAUAUCUGAGACAGUGUAUCCGAUGUACAAGGCCUUUAUUGAGCCAGAUCUCCAGACAGCACAUAUAAAAAUCAUCAACAAAUUCAAUCCAUUUACUGGAUUCCAGAGCCCUACUUACAUAUUGAAGUCAGCAAGGGAUGUAGCAGUGGAUAAAAUUAAAGCUGUUCUCUCUGAGGAUUUUAUGGAAACAACAGAGCAAACUUAUGACAUAUAUCUUCUACCACCCGGUGAAGAUCCAGAAACUUGCCAAUCAUAUUUACGAAUGCGAAAUAAAGAUGGGAAAUACAGUCUCAUGUUCGAGGAAUGGGUGACAGAUAAUCCAUUCGUCAUAUCACCAAGAAUUACUUUUGAGGUCAGCGUACGCCUUCUUGGUGGACUAAUGGCCUUGGGAUACACAAUAGCUACUAUCCUUAAGAGAAACAGCCAUGUCUUUUCUGAUGAUCGGGUUUUUGUGAAACUAGAUUGGCUUGAGCAACUUAACAGACAUUAUGUUCAGGUACAGGGAAGAGAUCGAUUAGUUGUAAAAUACAUUGGAGAGCAGCUGGGUCUAGAAGGUUCCUACAUUCCUCGUACCUACAUUGAACAAAUUCAAAUUGAAAAGCUUGUGGAUGAGGUUAUGGCCCUACCAGAUGAUUUGAAGACAAAGCUCAGCCUAGAUGAGGAUUUGGUGUCAAGCCCCAAAGAAGCACUUUCUAGAGCCUCUGCUGACAGAGUUGCCAUGAGAAAUAAACAUCUGAGGAGGUGAAAAUUUC